AUGAGUUGCAACAAAUUUGUUGUUGUUGACCAGAUCCCGCCAAUUUAUCAAGACAGCGGGACGGAUUUAUCUCAAGCUUUGAGUUCUUAUGAAGUGUCUACGGGCAAAGUGAAGGUAGGGGUUCUGACUUUGUUUCUCCAAAAAUUUUUUGUGCUACUCGUAAUAAUUGGUAAGCUUUUCUAUUUAGUAGCUGCUUUACGCCUUUAUAUAUUUAGGCUUGUUUUGAGCAUUGAUUCUGAUCUUCAUGUCUUUGAUCUCUCGGUUGGAUGUGUUGAAUUUUGUUUGGACAGUUCUAAAGGCCGACUUAACCAUUCGAAGGGAGUGAAAGAAAAGCAUAGCGUUUUGACAGAAGAGGAUGGUAAUGUUGUUGAAGUGUGUUUCUUACCUGAUCGAGAUGUUUUUAUGGUUUUGUUAAGCAAAGGGACAAUUCUUUUUAUGUCACCGAACAAUCGCUACACGCAUAGACAGGUUUUUUGUAAUGAUUGCAAAUUUAUUUUGAAUUUAAAGUCCGUUUUCCCACCCCUGGAAAGCUGCUCAACAUGCACUGUUUCAACUCAAAAUGGCUAUUCUACUUGUAUUCUGGAUCGUCAAAAAUCAGUUUUACAUUUCAUAUCAAUUCCGGCUUUUGACUAUUCAAUUCGUGAUGAGCUUGAAUUUCGUGACAAUUUCUCUGGUGUCGAGUUGGUCCGUUCGAUUGAAAUUGCUUUUCAAUUUAAAUGUCAUUUUCUCGUCUCUUCUACAAAUAAUUUUGUUUUGUUUCCACGAGAUCCAGGAAUGGUUACUUCACUUUCUAUUCAUUUGGAAGAAAUUAAGAAUUAUCCGGAAGAUGUAGCUUGUUUCUCAUCACUUUUCAAGAUUAAGCAACCAGUCAAAAUUGUUAAAAACUUUGGAUGUUUUGUUGUUGCUUUAAUCUCAAAUAAACUUCAAUUUUACAAUGAAAAUUACUUUCUUUUUUAUACUCUGGCUUUACAAGACGAACAAAUAGUUAAUGUUUUGGAUUUUGAGUUUUUGGAUGUUGAAAAUUUCUCCGAGUUUGCGACUGAUGUUAAGCUUUUACUUAAAGUUUUGACGAAGAAUAAUGAUGUUGAGUUUAUGAUUCGCCAAGUCAAUCAAAAAGAUGUGCAAUUUAGUAAAAUCUGUUCUGAGUACACAAUGAUGAUUCCAUACUCGACUCCAAAUGAUGAUAGUAGCAUUGUUUAUGUGGAUGCUUGUCCAGCAAAGAGUCGCGAUAUGGUUUUCCUUCGUUUUGUCAAUCAUUCUCAACCUCUUACUCGAUUACACAGACUUUUGGAUUUGAAGUAUUUUGCUGAUGCACUCUCUUUUGCAAUUACUUACAAUUUAUCUGUUGAUUUGGUAUAUGAAGCUAUCAUUCAUCAGUGCCAGGAAAAAAUUCAAAAUGCCGAAGAUGGAAAUUACGAAGAGGCUACUUUUAUUGAAAUGAUGAAAAAUCUGAAGCUUAUUUCUGAUAAUGAUUCGGCUGGCGAUAUGGUUGUAGCAUCACUACCUUUUUUAAACUGCUUCGCGCACAUUAAUGAAAUCUUGGUGUUUGCAAAAGGAUUAACAAUUACCGAUGAAUACACACUAAAAGAAAUUGAACGUCUUCGUUUUGAAUUCGAAUCAUUCAGUCUCGUUUAUGACAAAGACAACAUUAAUUAUUCAAGGACGUCUGACUGGCAUAAUUUUUACACGAGUGAUACGCACAAAGAAUUUUUUGAUCGUUUUUGUGAAAAAGGAAAAAUUGCCGAGGCUCGCACACUCUUCUCACGUUAUCCAGAUAUUUCUCAGAAACUUAUGGAUAAGGAAGCUUUUCAUAAAUUGCUUUAUGUAUUUCGGGAUGUUAUUAAAGCUAAUUCAACUCUUUGUUGUGACAUCAGCCAAUUUAUGCAAACAGACUUAAUUUCCGUGUUUCUACACAUUGGACAGGAUGAUACAAAACAAAUUUGUGAAGAUUUGUGUUCGUUCUUCAUUUCUAUUUCACUUCUUUUGGAAGAAAUUGAGCCAAAAUUAUUUCCUAAAAAUGCUUUGGAAUUUUCUAAAACUUUUGAUCGUGCUAUUGAAUUGUUGAAAGAAGAGUGUCAAACUCCAGAAAAAUAUGGACAAGAUGUCGGUACUAUUUGUCAACGUGUGUUGGAUCGGGUGCGCUCUGCUCCAUCAAUUCAUGAUUAUAUUCAACAAUUUGUGUUUCCAUAUAUUGAAGAACAUUAUUUGGACAAGAAUGAAGUGCUCUACAAUUAUAUUAAGAAUCUCUCAAGUUCUUAUCGUCAUGUUCCAACACAAAAGGGUGGAAACACAUGGGAUGUCCUCUGUCUGAAGAUUACUGAACAAAUUACCGAUUCUAAUAUCCGAUGUCGUGCUAUACUCGAAAUUGCUGUUGGAACAGUGCCUCCAUGGAAUAAUCAAUUAAGUACUGUUGUGAAGAAUAUUUUGUCUCAGGAAGAGAGGAUCGAUCCAAAAUUGUUUGUUUUUAAUUUCAAAAAAUAUCUUUUUUACUUUUUUAUUUUCAGGUUAUUUUAUUUGCGUAGACAAUGUUCUUAUGCUGACUUGGGACAAAUUUUUAUCAAAUAUCAAAUCCCGCUCGAAACUCGUUCUAAAUUAAUUUCCACGUCAAGUGUUCAACAACUUUUGCAGUUUAUCUUCAUAAAUAGUAGUAAUGAUAUGGUUGAUAAAUUAAAAGAUGGUUUUGCAAUUGUUGAGAUCUACCACCUUCUUCAAUCAACAACAUCAACAAUCGAUUGUUAUUACAUUUAUGCAAUUGUAUUAGUUCGUCAAUUUACUUAUGAGGAUGAUAUUAAGCCGUUGUUGGAUCUAUUUUCAUUGAUUAAAUCUAAAGAGAUUAUGGAGGCUGUAGCGACAAAAUUGGUUAUUCUUCUAAAAAGCUUUUUGGAGCCGUCUAAGCUUAAGAAAAUAAUUAUUCGACGACCCGUUUGGAUUUCCUGUUUGCUUGCGGUUUUGGAGCGUUUUUUACCUGAUACAACCGAUAAUCGAGCCCUUAUACGUUCUGCGCGUAGUUUGCGCCAACUCCAAAAUAAUCAUCAAAUUAUUCUUGGCUUCAAUUGUCUUAAAAAUACCGAAGCAAAUAUCAAAUUACUUGACGAUUUUAUCGAGGCAUCUUCUGACAAGUCAAUCGUAGAAGUUAUUCGAUUUGGAACGCUGCUUGAAUUACCACUUAAAACUUCUUGUGUGACUUUGAUGCGUGCUCAAAUUCGAAGAAAUUUGCCCGAAGCUGUUUUGGAAUCAUUAAUUUAUCUUUUGGACAAUUACCAUACUUCUGAAAAGUCAAUUAUUGAAAAUGCUUUGGAGGCUUGUACAUAUGUUUGUUGGAAAUUCACUGAUUUGAUUCGGAACGAUUCUAAAAGUGGAAAUGGAGAUGAACUGAUUGAUUACUCUAUUAAUACUAUCUCAAGUUUUAAAGAAAUUUUGCCAAAACUGGUUGAUUGGGCUGUUCAACUUGAGGAAAUUACUUUGGCGGAGUCUUUCUUUCCUAUAAUUCGCUACGUUAAUUUGUUUUCAUUUAUUUUAAAUCAAAUUAACAAAGAGACCGACGCAAUGCCUAAUUUGCCUUCUCGGCCCUCGAGCGUUGAACCUAACAAGAACUUAGUUGAAAAGUUGCAACAAACAUCAUUUCAAAUUCAUACACUUGAUCAUCGCAUGGGCGUUUUCCUUCCACAAAAUGAGGGAGUAUUUACUGAUUCUCUGGCUGUGGUUAGGGCCAUUUCUGCGAUUGGUGCUUCAGUUGUUGAACCGUUUGUUGAUACUGCUGAAAAAGAUGAAUACAUUAAAGAAAUGUGCAAGAGCUGGGAGAAGUUGUUUUUAUUACUUUCUAAUUCACAUGUGCUUCUUGAAGUUUAUGCGAGACAAUUUGCUAAUACUUUACCGUGUUUCAAUUCCAAUAAACAACUUCACACAAUUGCUUUGACUGAUAUUGAUAGACGCAUUUUCAAUGUAUGCAAAAAGAUUUUUAGCUUUCCUGUUGCUGAUCUUCAUUUGGCUGCUUAUUUAUUGUUCAGUUUAUCAAAGACAAAUAUGUUUAAGACACUAAAGGAUCUUCGAACAUGGGCUUUAACAAAAAAGAAUGUCCGUUAUACACUCAAUCUCAUCAGGGCAUCGUUGUUUGUCCUCAUAUAUACCUCACAAGAGUUAACUACUAUUAAACAAGUCGCGUCUUGGUUUGACUCAACUUUAUGGCAGAAACGUUUAUUCAAACAGGGAGUCAAUCUUGGAAAUACUCAAUUAAAACGUGAAACAGUUUUUGAUUUGUGUGCUGAAUUUGCUAAGUUGAUUUUACCCUCGUCAAUAUUGAAAGAAUAUUGUGAUGAAACAAAUGGUGUUGAUACUGCUUCAAUUCUUUUAAAUUAUGGUAUUGAACUCUGUAAAUUCUCUUCUUGUUUGAGUGGACCUUCAAACACUGAACGUUUUACUUUGUGUAUUGAAACAGCGAAACAAUCAUUUGAGUAUGUACGAGCAGAAGAAAAAUCUUUAUUAAUUAUCAAUCAAACUAUUCGUGAUAUAUGCCCUUACAAUUAUGAAGCUCUUGAAAUUUUGGUAAAUAAAAUGAAGGAAAUUUUGGAGUCAGGUGUUCGAUUAGAUGAGAUUGCAGAUCGUAUUAAUGAUGCUUAUAUGUUAUUCAAAUUUUUAAAAGCAUAUACUCGACAAGGUUCUGUUGCUCCAAUUGAAAUCCGUUGGUAUAGACAUUUUGUGAAUCCUAAAUAUUUUGAUACUUCUUUGCUAACAAAAAGCGGUCCAAUUGAAGCUUUUGAUGAUACUUGUGGAAGUGUUUUGAAUCAAACCACAAUUUCUGCUGGCCAAGAAAAUCAACAAAAAGAGAUGUCCCUUUUAACUGAAGCUAGCUUACCCCCAUCUUCACAAAAACGUUUGCCAUACCAUAUUUUUACUUUAGAGGAAAAGGAGCCAAUUGAGAGAUGGCAAAUGCCUUUUAUUUAUUCUGAAGUUUCUAUUAAAAAUGUGCAGUUAUGGGUCUCACUUAUUGAAAAUACAAAAUGCUUUCUCCAACACAGCCGUACUAGUCUUUUGGUUGCAGCUAUUAAUUCCCACGUAAAAGAUAUUGUCAAAUACAAUCGUGAACUUGAAGAUGUUGAUGUUGAAGAUAUGGAGAAUCUCAUUUAUGAGUCACACAAUCGCAAAACAAAAAUUGGUUUAAUUGAUAUGUGCUGCAAUAUUUUACAAAAAUGGACAAAGAAUGCCAAAGAACUACAAAUUUCUCCCAAGGAAGUUGAUCAGUUUACACAAAAUUCUCAAACUCUUCGUCAAUUGUUGGCUGUUUUAAAAACUGAAUUUUUAUUGGAGAAGAAUCAGUUAUUGGAUUCUGAAACUAAUGCUCUUACACAAAAGCCUGAAGAACUUAUAAUUUAUCUUUUAUGUAGUAGCAAGUUGGAUUGGGGAGAUGUUAAGUGUUCUGACAAAUAUUUUUAUGUCAUCGAUCAAGUUUCACAUAUCCAUUCUGUCAAUAAGGAAAAUAUUUUUAAUGAAUUAAUCGAUCGUUGGAUACUAUCGGGCAGUUAUGAUCCUUUAUAUGGAGGUAGUGGCAUCGCACAAAUUGUUACUCCAGAUCUUGAAGCAACUAUUGAUUUUAUGGGUACUGGAAGUAGUGGACAAAUGACGAAUAAUGAAGAUCCUUUGGAUGUAAAAGUUUUGCCUAUGCUUUAUGAUGACAUGCAGAUUAUCCGUGUUGUGGCUUUGUUGCGACGAAUUGAAAAUCCUAAAGAAAAAAUUGUGGAAAUUUCUCGAAAAUUGAAAUUGGAUGUAUCCUGUCUUCCCGGUGGAUAUUUAACAAAAAUUCGUAUUGCGUCAUGUAUCCUGCGAUUUGUUGAUGCUGAUCAAAUGCAAGAGCUUUUUAAAAUGAAUAUUGGCCAAUUUUAUCGAGAAUUUAUUCCUGUCCUCAAUCAACGUCUUUCUGCAAUUGGACAUGUUGAGAUACCAUUCAAUAUUUCUCAGGAUUCGUCAUUUUGA